AUGUUGAAGCCCUUCCAAAUCAGAAACCUUCGGGUAUCCACUCAGAACCAACCCCAGCAGCUUGCGGAUUCUUGUACUCUUGCAGGAGUGGUCCAGAUCUCUGCUACAGAUUACGAUGAUUUAGCCUCAAACCAUCCCCGCGCAAGGUUGACUUACAUGGAUGACGAUGAUGAUGACGAAACCAUCACCGUUGGAUCCGCUCUCGAGCUCGCUCAGCGCCUUGAGGAGCCCCUGGACAUUAAUACACAGCUUGAAUCCGUCGAACUUUCUCCCAGUGACAUCGGGCCGAUGCACAUAUUUGAUAUUCGCCGAUCAAACUCUGUGACCGAGUUGUGGAAGCGAUUUGAAGACAACGUCCCGAAAAAAGACUCGGAUGAUCAGAAGAACGGCAUGCAAGCUACCUCCAAGGCUAUUAUCCUCGAGGAGCAACAUGAAGUCCCAGUUCCUCAUAUUACUACCUCGCCAUCAGUCUCUGGAGAUCAGCCUCGGUCUCUUAUGGAAGCAUUUGAGGCUGAGCUAGCAGAGAUGCUCAAUAAUUCUGAGUCACCGGAGAUUCGAGUGCCUCAAUAUAACUCGCCACCCACUACUGAGCCAUCAACCAACACAAACUCAGAGCGAUCCCCUCAUCCCGUUGAGAUUCUAGCGGCACAGGUUCUAGAGCAGCUGAUCAACGGAGCUACUAUGGUACAAUCUGAAUGGAGAUCAAAAAUCCCUGAGCUACACCGACAACUACAGAAUGCUCAGAGACAAUUUGAGACUGCACAGAAAUCUCUGCCUGUGAACGUGGAAGCGUCAUUGCGGACACUACUCGCCACGGUUGAGGCUCACCUAAGAACCGCUUUUAACAAUCUCCCAGACGGCGGAAGGCAAAUGGCAGAAGAUGCAUUCCAAGCAGGAAGGCCUGUCGCUGAGAAUGCCGCUAAUGGUUUUCGUACGAUGGCCUCCGAACUCAACGAGGUCGGAAGAACAUUAUUUGCCGCAUUUGAAAGCGAGUUCGGACGCACUGCAUCAACAGCCCCUACGUCGACCUCAACUUCCGAGAUGCCAAACCCUAGAGCAUCCGGGCCAUUCUUUAACACUGCUGCAAACAACGGAUCUACGGCUCCGGGCACUAUGUAUUCCCAGACCUGGAAUACAAAUCCUUCAAGCGCAGCCACAAAUGAGAAAUCAACAGCAGGCCCAGGCCAAUCAACCCCAUCUAAUAACACACAAACAGGAGUACCACCCUUCCAAAGUAGUCAGGGUCAACCUACACCCGCUCAAUCAAAUCAUUGGGCACCUCCAUCGUGGCCUGCUCCAUUUUGGAAUCCAUUCCAAACCUAUAAUGCACCUCCACCUCCCUAUCUGCCGAAUUUCACUUACAGGCCGCAAGGACCACCUGCGCCUGCGCCGCCUCCUCCUGCGUUCAAUACCCCGUUGAAUGCGUCACAUACAUCACAAGUCAAGUCUGGGGAAUCUAAAAACGGUCCAGCAACUAAAUCCUUGUUCAUUGGGAAUGUUGGUUUCAAGGUUACCGACAAGAUGAUACAGGAUGUGUUUGCUGCCAAAGGAUUUCUUGUGAAGGUGGAUCUUCCACUAGAUACCGAAUCAGGAAGACACGCAGGCUUUGGUUACGUUCAUUUCCCCUCAGAUUACCCGGCUUUCGCUGCAAUGGAAGCAUUGCAAGGUGCCGUAAUUGACGGACACUCGAUAAACCUUGAGCCUAUGUAUCAUCCCCCCAUCGAAAGUGUGCGUCCGGCGCAGAUUUCACUCAAUGCCAGUACAACCACACACGACACUCAGACAGACCGCCCUCAGGCUGAGACGAGCGAUGCCGUUUGGUCCCCGCUUGGUGUCAAGCAACAAAAGGGUCCAUCCAAGCCUGGCAAGACGGACAAUCGGAGAAAGUCUGUUAGUUUCGUAGAUCUCACGCAGAGUGUUGAUCCUGGUCAAGAUCAGACAGAGUCAUCCGCACUGCUUGAUUCUCCAAGCGAGGACCCUGCAUUCAGUGCACGUUUCCCCUCGCUUUUACCCGAGACGAAUGCACCGCACAAUGAUCCAUUGAGUGGUCAGGGUGUUUCCUCGGAUUUGCGUACAGAGUCUCGUUUCCCACCUGUGUCUCAAUGGGAGGCACAACUACUUGCAAACCGGCAGGAACGCAGUGAAACAGCACCUAUAACUGGUGAUUUGCAUAGCCAAUCGCCAAAAAGCCCAAAGCACCGUGAAGGACCUUCCACUCACGGUUUACCCUUGUAUCCUACACCGAAGGCGUUUAGUCGACCUCAACCAGCUUCUCAUCUGGAUGCAGCCGCCAAUCUAUCAUUGGUCGUUGAUGCCGGACGACCUUCCGACCAUAGCAAAGCAAUUUGGGAUCAAGUUGGCCAUUCUUCCAGUUCCAAGGAGACUGUGCGCCCAGCGGUGGAUCUCAAUGGCCCCCAGAGUGCGCCCAAAUUGAGGCGUCGAGCCACUGAGCACAAGACUCAUAAACCAAACCAUUGGCAUGCUGCGGAGACUGGCCGUCACAGUCCCCUCAGGCAUUCCACAAGUAUGCGUCGUCUUGGGGAUAGAUCGCAUGGUCCUGCGGAAACAGACACAUGGGCGCGUCUGUCUAGGCGAGAACGGAAUGGCGCCUCUUCUCACGAUCAGAUCCCCGGAAGCUUCCCGGUAGAACAUGCGACGAUGGCCAAAAUCUCUAAGACACUUGAUACCAGUGCGAUUGAGGUUGAGGAUGCGGCGAUCGAACGAUGUGCCUCUGCUCUUGUCGACAUCGGCUACGGGGAUGAACGGGCGGGUGGACGGUCGAGGAUGGCUGUGUAUGCGGCUAUGGCAAAUGGUGACCUCAUGGAUGCGAUUGAUAUGAUUGAAGAGGAAAGGUCGAUCUAUGAACGACGGGCUUCGCAGUGA